CUCGGCGCCCCGACCAUGUCAGGCGGCGCCGCGGAGAAGCCGAGCAGCUCCGCGAGUUCCCUGUUCCUCUCGCCGCCGGCGCCCGCCCCCAAGAAUGGCUCCAGCUCCGACUCCUCGGUGGGGGAGAAGCUGGGCGGCGCGGCCAGCGACGCGGCGGCCGGCAGGACCGAGGAGUACCGGCGCCGCCGCCACACGAUGGACAAGGACAGCCGCGGCGCCGCGGCCGCCACGACCACCACGGAGCACCGCUUCUUCCGCCGCAGCGUCAUCUGCGACUCGAACGCCACCGCGCUGGAGCUGCCCGGCCUCCCCUUCUCGCCGCCCCAGCCCGGCGCCGCCGCGCCGCCGCCGCCGAGCGCCCCGCCGGAGCCCCCGCGCGAGGAGCUGACCGCCGCCGCCGCCGCCGCGCGGACCGCCCUGCAGCCGCCCGCCGCCGCCGCUGCGCCCGGGGAGCCGCCCGCCGCGGGCCCCGCCGCCCCCGCCGCCCCCGGCAGCGCCGGCCGCGACCGCCCGGCGUCCCAGCCCAACCAUGUGGGGAGCAGAGAGGAGCCGCCGGCCGCCCGAAGCGGCAGCGGCGGCGGCAGCGCCAAGGAGCCGCCGGAGGAGCGCAGCCAGCAGCAGGAUGACAUCGAGGAGCUGGAGACCAAGGCCGUGGGCAUGUCCAACGACGGCCGCUUCCUCAAGUUCGACAUCGAGAUCGGCCGGGGCUCCUUUAAGACGGUCUACAAGGGGCUGGACACCGAGACCACGGUGGAGGUCGCCUGGUGCGAGCUGCAGGAUCGAAAGUUAACAAAAUCUGAGCGGCAAAGAUUUAAAGAAGAAGCUGAAAUGUUGAAGGGUCUUCAACAUCCCAACAUUGUUCGAUUCUAUGAUUCCUGGGAAUCUACAGUAAAAGGAAAGAAGUGUAUCGUUUUGGUGACCGAACUUAUGACAUCUGGAACACUUAAAACGUACCUGAAAAGGUUUAAGGUGAUGAAGAUCAAAGUUCUAAGAAGCUGGUGCCGUCAGAUCCUUAAAGGACUUCAGUUUCUUCAUACUCGAACUCCACCUAUUAUUCACCGAGAUCUUAAAUGUGACAACAUUUUUAUCACUGGCCCUACCGGCUCAGUCAAGAUUGGAGACCUAGGUCUGGCAACCCUGAAGCGGGCUUCUUUUGCCAAGAGUGUGAUCGGUACCCCAGAGUUCAUGGCCCCUGAGAUGUAUGAGGAGAAAUAUGAUGAAUCUGUUGAUGUUUAUGCUUUUGGGAUGUGCAUGCUUGAGAUGGCUACGUCUGAAUACCCUUACUCAGAAUGCCAAAAUGCUGCGCAGAUCUACCGUCGCGUGACUAGUGGGGUGAAGCCAGCCAGUUUUGACAAAGUUGCAAUUCCUGAAGUGAAGGAAAUUAUUGAAGGAUGCAUUAGACAAAACAAAGAUGAAAGAUAUUCUAUCAAAGACCUUUUGAACCAUGCCUUCUUCCAGGAGGAAACAGGGGUACGGGUAGAAUUAGCAGAAGAAGAUGAUGGAGAAAAAAUAGCCAUUAAAUUAUGGCUACGUAUAGAAGAUAUUAAGAAACUAAAGGGAAAAUACAAAGACAAUGAAGCUAUUGAGUUUUCUUUUGACUUGGAGAGAGAUGUGCCAGAGGAUGUUGCUCAAGAAAUGGUAGAAUCUGGGUAUGUCUGUGAAGGUGAUCAUAAGACUAUGGCAAAAGCCAUCAAAGAUAGAGUGUCAUUAAUUAAGAGAAAACGAGAGCAACGACAGCUGGUCCGGGAGGAGCAAGAAAAAAGAAAGCAGGAAGAGAUCAGUCUCAAACAGCAAGCAGAGCAACAAUCAAGUGCUGGCCAGACUGCAAUCAAGCAACUCCCCUCUGCUAGCACUAGCAUACCUACUGCCUCUACCACUUCAGCUUCUGUUUCUACACAAGUAGAACCUGAAGAACCUGAGGCAGAUCAACAUCAACAACUACAAUACCAACAACCUAGUAUAUCUGUGUUAUCUGAUGGGACAGUUGACAGUGGUCAGGGAUCAUCUGUCUUUACAGAAUCUCGAGUGAGCAGCCAGCAGACAGUUUCAUAUGGAUCCCAGCAUGAACAGGCACAUUCUACUGGCACAAUCCCAGGGCAUACAGCUUCUGUUGUCCAAGCACAAUCUCAGCCCCAUGGGGUGUAUCCACCCUCAAGUAUGGCACAGGGGCAGAGCCAGGGUCAGCCAUCCUCAAGUAGCUUAACAGGGGUUCCAACUUCCCAGCCCAUUCAACAUUCUCAUCAGCAGGGAAUACAGCAAACAGUCCCUCCUCAACAGGCAGUGCAGUAUUCACUUCCACAGACAUCAACCUCUAGUGAGGCCACUACUACACAGCCAGUGAGUCAACCUCAAGCUCCACAGGUCUUGCCUCAAGUAUCAGCUGGAAAACAGCUUCCAGUUUCCCAGCCAGUACCAACUAUUCAAGGCGAACCUCAGAUCCCAGUUGCAACACAACCCUCAGUCGUUCCAGUCCACACUGGUGCUCAUUUCCUCCCUGUGGGACAGCCACUCCCUACUUCCUUACUCCCUCAAUACCCUGUCUCUCAAAUUCCCAUAUCAGCUCCUCAUGUGUCUGCAGCUCAGACAGGUUUCUCAUCCCUGCCCAUCACAAUGGCAGCUGGCAUUAAUCAGCCUCUGCUUACCUUGGCUUCAUCUGCUACAACAGCUGCAAUCCCAGGGGGAUCAACUAUGGUUCCUAGUCAGCUUCCAACCCUUCUGCAGCCUGUGACUCAGCUCCCAAGUCAGGUUCACCCACAGCUUCUGCAACCAGCAGUUCAGUCCAUGGGAAUACCAGCUAACCUUGGACAAGCUGCUGAGGUUCCACUACCCUCUGGAGAUGUUCUGUACCAGGGCUUCCCAUCUCGACUACCACCACAAUACCCAGGAGAUUCAAACAUUGCUCCCUCUUCCAGCGUGGUUUCUGUUUGCAACCCUUCUACGCUCUUAUCCCCUCCCAUGCCAACAGAAGCUUUGGCUACACCAGGUUACUUUCCUACAGUGGUGCAGCCUUAUGUUGAAUCAAAUCUUUUGGUUCCUAUGGGCAGUAUAGGAGGACAGGUUCAAGUGUCCCAACCAGCAGUGAGUUUAGCACAACAAGCCCCCACAACAUCCUCCCAGCAAGCUGCUCUGGAGAGUACUCAGGGAGUCUCUCAGGUUACUCCUUCAGAGCCAAUUCCAAUAGCACAGCCACAGCCUACCCAGCCUACCACUUUGGUCUCUUCUAUAGACAGUGCACAUUCAGAUGUUGCUUCAGGUAUGAGUGAUGGCAAUGACAAUGUCCCAUCAUCCAGUGGAAGACAUGAAGGCAGAACUACUAAACGACAUUAUCGAAAAUCUGUAAGAAGUCGCUCUCGUCAUGAAAAGACUUCACGUCCAAAAUUGAGAAUUUUGAAUGUUUCAAAUAAAGGUGACCGGGUAGUAGAAUGUCAGUUAGAGACCCACAAUCGGAAAAUGGUUACAUUCAAAUUUGAUUUAGAUGGUGACAACCCUGAGGAGAUAGCAACAAUUAUGGUGAACAAUGACUUCAUUUUAGCAAUUGAGAGAGAUUCAUUUGUGGAUCAAGUGCGGGAAAUUAUUGAAAAAGCUGAUGAAAUGCUCAGUGAGGAUGUCAGUGUGGAGCCAGAGGGUGACCAGGGAUUAGAGAGUCUACAGGGAAAAGAUGACUAUGGCUUUUCAGGUUCUCAGAAACUGGAAGGAGAAUUCAAACAACCACUUCCUGCAUCUUCCCCACCACAGCAAAUAGGCAUUACUACUAGUUCGUUAACUCAAGUUGUGCAUUCUGCUGGAAGACGGUUUAUAGUGAGUCCUGUGCCAGAAAGUCGUUUACGAGAAUCAAAAAUUUUCAGCAAUGAAAUAUCAGAUACAGUUGCUGCUUCAACAUCUGGAAUGAACUUGUCUCACUCUGCUUCAUCCCUUAGUCUACAGCAGGCUUUUUCUGAACUUAGGCAUGGCCAAAUGACAGAAGGACCCAAUACAGCACCUCCCAAUUUUAGUCAGACAGGACCAACAUUUCCAGUAGUACCUCCUCCAGCAAUGAGUAAUAUUGCUGGAGUUCCAACCCCAACAGCAGCCACAUCUUCAGUAUUAGUCCCUGCAACUAGCAGCCCUCUUAAUGCCAUCUCCACAUCAGUAAUUCAAUCUGAUAUUACAGUACCCACUGAAAAAGGGGUUGUUGGGGCUGCCACCAGCUCAUGUGUAAUAACUUCAAGUGGUCUCCCUAUACCACCUGCCUCUGAAUCACCAGUACUUUCCAAUGUGGUAACAAGCAUCACCAUACCUGCCAUUGUCUCGAUAUCAACAUCCCAGUCAGUUCAGGCUCCCAUAUCUGGGACCAUUGUUUCUAGUAUAGGCACUUACCCGUCUGUACCACUUUCAACACCUUCAGCCUCUGCAGUGGGCAAUGCUGCUGUCCCAGGUGCUAAGCCUCCACCUGUAUUAUCUCAGCAGACAGCAGGCAGUACUACUGGGGGAGCCACAUUAACAUCAGUUUCUACUACCACUUCAUUUCCAUCCCUUCAGCUUAGCUGCAGCACCUCUGCGCCUACUCUAGCUGAAACAGUGGUGGUUAGUGCACACUCACUAGAUAAAACAUCUCAUAGCAGUACAACUGGAUUGGCUUUGACCCUCUCAACAUCAUCUUCCUCUUCUUCCCCUGGAGCAGGAGUAUCUAGUUCUAUUUCUCAGCCUGGUGGAUUGCAUCCCUUGGUCAUCCCACCAACUAUAGGUUCUACUCCUGUCCUUCCACAAGCAGUAGGACCUACUGCUACACCAUUAUUACCCCAAGUACCUAGUAUCCCACCCUUGGCACAACCUGUUGCCAAUGUGCCUGCUGUACAGCAGACACUAAUUCAUAGUCAGCCUCAACCAGCUUUGCUUCCCAACCAGCCCCAUAUGCAUUGUCCUGAAAUAGAUGCUGAUACACAGCCCAAAGCUGGGAUAGAUGAUAUAAAGACUCUAGAGGAAAAACUGCGAUCUCUCUUUAGUGAACACAGUUCAUCUGGAGCUCAGCAUGCCCCUGUCUCACUGGAAACAUCACUAGUAGUAGAGACCACUGUCACGCCAGGCAUCCCAACCACUGCUGUUGCCCCAAGUAAACUCAUGACUUCCACUACAAGUACUUGCUUACCACCAACCAGUUUACCAAUAGGAACAACUGGUUUGCCAGCAAUGCCAGUGGUUACACCUGGGCAAGUUUCUACACCAGUGAGUUACGUUUCAGCCUCAGUCAGCACUGCACCAGGAGUGAAGCCUGUAACUGCUCCAGCAAAGCCACCUUUAACUAAGACUCCUGUGCUGCCAGUAGGUACUGAACCUCCAGCUGGUACUCCACCCAGCGAGCAGCUGCCACCUUUUCCAGGACCUUCACUAACUCAGUCCCAGCAGCCUCUAGAAGAUCUUGAUGCUCAGUUGCGAAGAACACUUAGUCCAGAAACUAUUGCGGUGACAUCUACAGUUGGUCCUGUGUCCAUGGUGGCUCCAACAGCAGUUACAGAAGCAGGAGCACAGCUUCAGAAGGAUGUUCCUCAAGUCACAGAAGGCCCUGUCCUCACAACUAGUUCAGGAGCUGGUGUUUUUAAGAUGGGGAGAUUUCAAGUUUCAGUAACAAUGGAUGAUGCGCAGAGAGAGGGUAAAAAUAAGUCAGAAGAUGCAAAGUCUGUUCAUUUUGAAUCCAGCACUUCAGAGUCCUCUGUGCUAUCAAGUAGUAGUCCAGAGAGUACCCUGGUGAAGCCAGAGCCUAAUGGGAUAACAGUCCAUGGCAUUUCUUCAGAUAUGCCAGAUAGUGCCCACAAAAUUCCUGCCUCAGAAACUGAUCAGCCUACCAAGGUUGGACGUUUUCAGGUGACAACUACAACAAAUAAAGUUGGUCGUUUCUCUGUAUCAAGAACUGAAGACAAGAUGGCUGAGGCGAAGAAAGAGGGACCAGUGGCAGCUCCUCCUUUAAUGGAUUUGGAACAAACUGUUCUUCCUGCUGUGAUACCAAAGAAAGAAAAGCCUGAACUCUCUGAACCUUCACAUCUGAAUGGGCCGUCUUCUGACCUGGAGGCUGCCUUCCUAAGUAGGGAUGUGGAUGAUGGUUCAGGUAGUCCACACUCCCCGCAACAACUGUGCUCAAAGAGCCUUCCUAUCCAGAAUCUAAGUCAAAGCCUUAGUAAUUCAUUCAACUCCUCUUACAUGAGUAGCGACAAUGAGUCAGAUAUUGAAGAUGAAGACUUAAAGUUAGAGCUGCGACGACUACGAGAAAAACACCUUAAAGAGAUUCAAGACCUACAGAGUCGCCAGAAACAUGAAAUUGAAUCUUUGUAUACCAAACUGGGCAAGGUUCCCCCUGCUGUCAUCAUUCCCCCAGCGGCUCCCCUUGCAGGGAGAAGAAGGCGGCCCACUAAAAGCAAAGGCAGCAAAUCUAGUCGCAGCAGUUCUUUGGGGAAUAAAAGCCCUCAGCUUUCAGGUAACAUUACUGGUCAGAGUGCAUCUUCAGUCUUGCAUCCUCAACAGACCCUCCACCCACCUGGGAACAUCCCAGAAACUGGGCAGAAUCAACUGUUACAGCCCCUUAAGCCAUCUCCCUCCAGUGACAACCUCUAUUCAGCCUUUACCAGCGAUGGUGCCAUUUCAGUACCAAGCCUUUCUGCUCCAGGUCAAGGGACAAGCAGCACGAACACUGUUGGGGGAACAGUGAACAGCCAGGCUGCCCAAGCUCAGCCUCCUGCCAUGACAUCCAGCAGGAAAGGCACAUUCACAGAUGACCUGCACAAGUUGGUAGACAAUUGGGCCCGAGAUGCCAUGAACCUUUCAGGCAGGAGAGGAAGCAAAGGACACAUGAAUUAUGAGGGCCCUGGAAUGGCAAGGAAGUUUUCUGCACCUGGUCAGCUGUGUACCUCCAUGACCUCAAACCUGGGUGGCUCUGCCCCCAUCUCUGCAGCAUCAGCUACCUCUCUAGGUCACUUCACCAAGUCUAUGUGCCCCCCACAGCAGUACGGUUUUCCAGCUCCCCCCUUUAGCACUCAGUGGAGCGGAACAGGUGGCCCAGCACCGCAGCCACUUGGUCAGUUCCAACCUGUGGGAACUGCCUCCUUACAGAAUUUCAACAUCAGCAAUUUGCAGAAAUCCAUCAGCAACCCCCCAGGUUCCAACCUGAGGACCACUUAGACCUAGAGACAUUAACUGAGUAGAUUUGGGGGCAGGAGAUGGAAUG